UUAAAAGAUUUUUGUGAAAUAAAAGAAGAAACUCUUCAAUACUCACACACACACCAAACACACACACACACACCCCAACGCCCACAACAACAACAACAACACAACAAAAACAGCAAAAUGGUCGAGACAGUGGUCACCGUCGAGCGUACAACAACAACAACAGGACCGCCAGGCCCCAAUACAACAGGCAAUGGCAACUUCGCCAGCGCCAUACGCAUAAACAUUGAAUAUUUUAAAACGUUGCCGGGCAUUCUCAAACUUGUGCAAUUCAUCUUCGGUAUCAUUUGUAUGGCACUUGCCUCACCGGCGCUCAUUCCGGCAACAGACUUUUUCCUGUUUGUUGUUGUUGUAUCAUUCAUUGCGACAAUUCUAUGGAUUUUCGCUUAUUUCCUGGGCAUUCGAGAGGCGCUUAAUGUUGCCGUCAAUUGGAUAUUUACGGAAUUGGUCAACACUGGCAUACUGACGGUGCUCUAUUUCAUCGCCUUCGUUGUACAACUGGCUAAGUGGUCUGGCUAUCAGGGGUACCAUCAUGGUACCAAUAUAGCCGCCGGUGUAUUCGGAUUGUUUAACUUCUUGGCCUAUGCCGCCGGCACAUAUUUCUUGUACUUGGCGCACAAAUCUGGCGCUACGCAUUAGUCAGUCCCGCCGCUAAAACAGCCCACCCCACUGCGGAGGAGGCGCGCGAUAGCUGAAUCAACAACCCAACCAACCACCCACCAAGGCGGCACCACCACCCAGCAAGAAGAAGAAUAAGAACUACAGUUAUCAACAACACAACAAAGAACCCAAACCUAGAAAUUUACUUAAAAAUCUGCACCCAAAAGUUAUUAAUAAUUGUUAGAAGUUGAAAGGGAGUUGUUAAGCCGAUUAAUCAGUUAAUGUAAUGCUUUGCUUCUCCUCUCCCAUUUGAUUUCAUUUUUUCAUUUUUCAUCGAAAGUUUGGAAAAUGUUUAAAAUAUGAACAACAUUUUUCACGGAAUUCGGCACAUCUCUAAGGCAAUGGAAAUGCUAAACCGAUUAAUCGGUUGAUGUAAUGCUUUGCUUCAAAUUCGAAUUUCACUUCCAAUCCGCUCUGCAGUUUCAAUCGAAAUUUUAAGGAAUGAAUUACAAAUGAAAUCUAAACACUUAGUGGAAUUCGGUACAUUUCUAAUAAUGUAAUGGAAAUGUUUAGUCGAUUUAUCAGUUAAUGUACGCCUUUCCUCUCGUCUACCAUUUGUCAGAUAUGUUUCGAAUUCUGUUUCCAAUUUAUAACGAAAGUUAAUAGAAAAAAAGGAAUUACAAAUGUUAACACUUCUAGUGGUAUUAUUAUUUUUUUUUUUUUUGAAACAAAGACAGACAUACAUAUUUGUAUAUUUUUUUUAAUUUUAUUAUUUUUAAUUUCGCUCAAAAGACCCGUUUUUUAAACUGAAGAACUGUUAGUUUUGCUCAGCGCGCGCGCCAUUCGUUGACUUGAUUUGUUUUUAAUUUAUUUUAAUGCUAAUUUUUAACGAUGCUAACACUUAAGUUGAGAAUACAGAACAAACAAACAAAGAAUCAAACAAAAUGAAAACAAGAACCAUAAAUGGCCCCAAACAGAACAACAAAUAAGUAGAAACGCAUUCGUUGCACCCUUUGUUAAAAUUGUGAAAUUGCUAAAUAGCGGUGGCAUUUGUUCGCUUCUAACUAGCCUAGAAACCAUCAACCGCCCUUCCGCACCAUCAAUCUUAUAAGUGUGUAAUACAUAUUUUCUUUUUUUAAAUAAAUAAAUCAAUAAAUAAUGUUAAAUUUUAAAAACAAA